GACAGGCAGGCGCGCGCAGCGGCCUCCAUCCACCCGGCGCGGCGCUCGCCUUUGCUCUAGGCCACGCCUCCUCUUCAGCUGACCCCUGAUGGUCACGUGUAGCUCCCCGCCACGCAAGUCUGGGUCCUUGUGCAGCCCACAGGGGUCCUCGCGGGCUCGGAGUCACUCCGAAGCUGCCUGUCCGCGCGCGAGUCUGGAGCGGCGGGUUCGGGGCGCUCUCCGAUGUGGGGCUCGCGCCGCUGCGCUUCGGACCCCUAGUUGGGUUUCCCCUCGGGCUUCGGGGAACCGGGUCAGGCGGUCGCCGGGGCACCUCAUUUCGGAAAAGCGCCGCAGCGCCCUGGAGGAGGCCGGACAGCCCCGCGGCACGGUCGCCGGGUGCGAGUGUGCGAGUGCGGCUGCCUGCCAGCGCCUGGGCCCCGGGAGCAGAGGUGGAGCAACCCCUUUUAGCUGAAGAUGAAAGGCUGGGGUUGGCUGGCCCUGCUUCUGGGGGCCCUGCUGGGGACCACCUGGGCUCGGAGGAGGAGCCAGGAUCUGCACUGUGGAGCUUGCCGGGCUCUGGUGGAUGAAAUAGAGUGGGAGAUUGCCCAGGUGGAUCCCAAGAAGACCAUUCAGAUGGGAUCUUUCCGGAUCAAUCCAGAUGGCAGCCAGUCAGUGGUGGAGGUGCCUUAUGCCCGCUCAGAGGCCCACCUCACAGAGCUCCUAGAGGAGAUAUGUGACCGGAUGAAGGAAUAUGGGGAACAGAUUGACCUGUCCACCCACCGUAAGAACUACGUGCGUGUAGUGGGCCGCAAUGGAGACUCCAGUGGACUGGACCUACAGGGCAUUCGAAUUGAUUCUGACAUCAGCGGCACCCUCAAGUUUGCGUGUGAGAGCAUUGUGGAAGAAUAUGAGGAUGAACUCAUUGAAUUCUUCUCCCGAGAGUCUGACAAUGUUAAAGAUAAACUUUGUAGUAAGCGAACAGAUCUAUGUGACCACACCCUGCACGACUCACAUGAUGAGCUCUGAUCACUGCAGCAGCCCAGAUUGGCAGUUGAUGGAUCACCCCAGGAGAGGAAGAAGAUGGCAAUGCCUUUUAUAUUAUGUUUUUAUUGAAAUGAACUGGAAAAAAAAAAGAAACCAAA